CCGCCACUCUGACUCUUUUUCCUGGUAUCGAGGACGGUGGAAAUUCCUAAACCCAGAAGCUGAAAUGUUAGAUAAAAACGGCACAAACACAAAUAAUAAAACCCUGAAUGUUACUUUUGAGAGUGUAACUCUCAAUAUGGCUGAUGCUGUCGCAUUGUAGUUGUUAAAAAAAAGUCAUUUCCCUAUCUUCCCACUUUGCCUGUCACCUGCCUUGGUGAGAAACUUGAAGCCCGUGAAGCUGUUUGCAGUCAAGAAGAGCAGCACUUACUCACACACGGUGUAAAACGUUUCACUACACCUGAGUCUUUGGCCCACAGUAGCCUAUGAAGCUCGUCGGUGGUUGUGUUUGUUAACCAUGUGAAACAAGCCUGAUAAAAUGUGGCCUUUGUUGUUGAAUGCUACUAGAAUUUGGAUAACCUGCGCUCAGCCAAGCUAUGAGGACGGCGCAUUUUAAUGUGAGGAUGUUUCACAAAGACACUAAAUGUUGCAUGUGAGGGACGUGUUGUUGACUUCAUCCCCAAAAAUGCUUUUCAUGUUGUCUAAAAGAUACAAGGUAAGGAUCAUUUCACAGAUGUUACACCUAUCAAAAGGCGUCCAGAAACAUUUAAGCAUCUGCCCAAAACUGUGCGCAGUUAAGACUCUGGUAACCAUGGCGACGGGAUCUACCUUGGAUGCUGCGAGUGAACUUUAACCGAGUUACCUACAAGACAGGCUCUGGGAUUUAAACACAGCUCAUUUAAAUACAUAGUAGCCUAUUGUGUUUGAUUUAUUUCAAUGACCACUAUAUGGACUUGGCAUGGUCUUUAUUUUUGUCAUAGACCUGCAGCCUGACAUAAAGAUUCGGUUUUAUGAUUGGAUUUGUAUACAGUGCUGUGUGAAAAUGCCGGUUACAGAAACUGAAUAUUGUAUGUUGGCGAGCAUUUUUACGGGUAGUCCAAACUUGACGAGUGCGGCACAUUUUCCUAACUGGAUUCGCCACUCGUUUUGCAUCUUUAUAACGCAGUCUAAUAACUCAAACAUCAGCUUGAAUUUGCACAAAUCCAGCUCCCAGCUACCCCGUGAUGGUCCACUGGAGAGGCAGGCCCCUAACGAAGGACAAAGUGCCAUCAGUACCAGCAGAUUCCGACUGAUAAGGCUUUUCUCCAAUCCCAGAAAAUGACUGUUUUGUUGUACUUGGCUAAAUAAGUAUUUCAAGUGGCUCCGUGUAUUUUGAUUAGCAGAAAGUAAUGGUACCCUAAUCUGUCAUUUGAUCAAAAUAUCGGCUUACGCACGGAUCUUUUUGACUCCGUGCCAUCGUGGAUAAGGACCCCCUCGCCGCAGACUGCCUCCGCGCACUGGGUGUUUCGUUUCGCCACUGAGUGAUUCAUCUUACUUGCAUAUAAUCUUUGAUUUUCCUGAUCGUAUACAGCUAUAGCUCUAGGGGAGGUUUGAACCCAUUCGGGACAAAGUGGGAGGGAAAAGCAAAUCCCUCUUUUUUUCCUGACCGCUGGGGCCUGUAUAUGCUUACUGUACAACCCCUUUUAAGGAUGCUGUGUUUGCGCUCCAUAUGCUGCAGACUACACGCCCAAACGUACAUAGACCCGCACACACAGCCAGCGCGCGCAUAUGUUUGAACACUUACAUGAUGUUCAGAGAAAAGUCAGUGGCUUGAGAGAGCUCUUUAAGUUUUCUUCUUGCUGCUUAGUUGGUGAUAAUAUUUCAUUGUUUUGUUGACAUAGUUCACGUAUUGCCUUAUUCUGAGCAUGUUUGUCUGAUUUUUGGCACUCAAGCUCACUGGGCUUUGACACACUCGGGGCCAAGAAGGUCACGCGGGUCACAGCAGGAAAAUCUCUCUCUUUAAACAAAACUACAUGACUAAUAAGCAACAUUUAAUAACAUUUCUUGUUUUUAUCUAAAAAAUGAAACAGAAAGAUAGGCUGCAUUCACCGUGUGUCUGUGUACAUUAGUCUACUACUGUUACGCGUGUGCGUAAAAGUCUAUUUUAAAACGGUAGGCUAAUAGACUCCUGUUUAAAAUGACAAUUCCCACCAUGAUUAACAUUCAUAGUAGCCCAUCAGGAGAUAUUUUUUUUGCUCCUAAAGACGGCACCAAUCUACUGAAAAAAAAACGUGACCUAAUUAAUAGGACGUUUUGGGCACUGAAGCUUGCCUCAGAGCGGCAGAUUACUGAAGUCCUGUCAAAUCCCAAAUUUACACAAUACAAUCCAUCUGUUCAGUGUGUGCUCCGCGACGCCAUUGCAGCUAUGUAUAACCCAAUCUGUUAAAGCACUGCCUUACCCCUAUAACGACAUACCCAAAUGUGCACUGCACACUCUCACACACACAAAAACACACACGUACACUCACUCACAUAUCCUCAUCUCAUCCCCGCCCCUCUCCAAAAUUUUAGAUGAAAGGGCUUUUGGAUUUUGGAUGACGCUCCGAAUCACGUGUUCAUAGGAAAUACACUCGCUAUAAUUUUUGGAGCUGCCUCGUCCUGCACCGCCGACCAUAGUUGUUUUGCCGUCUCCAUACAGUGUAGCAGAGGGGUGGAAAGGUAAUGUAAUGUAAUGUACCUUGCCGUGGUCAGUGACGGGUUCACGCCAGUUCACCGGGUUCACUUGAGGAGAGCUCCCACCCCCUGCUCGCCUCCUCUUCUUCUCAAAACGCAACGAUCGGAGCUAAUCCAAAAUAUUUCAUUUAUGUAUUAAUGUCGGAUUCCAUUUUUCCCACCGACUGUUGAGGUAAGGACACAUCUACUCUUCCAACACGCAAAUGCCUCUCAGUAUUGGCGAGGUGCGAUCUCCAAAGUUGUUUACUGAAAUUAUGCCUUGCUAUUGAAUAUUGAAUUUUCAUCUGGUGCUGUAGUCAAGGCAGUUUAUAUGAAGUCGCCAAUGUAUAAAAUGGCGACAGUAGGUGGAGGAGGGGGUGGAGGAUUUGGGGGAAUAUUCAUAAGGUUAUAUAGAGAGCCAGAUCGCCUUAGAGAAGUAGGCUUCGAGGCGGUAUGUUGCCUCUCAGCCCUGUGAAUGGAGUGAAACGGGUUAACUCGUCAGUUUGUUACAGUUACAACAACGGGUCCCCCGUCUCGGCUGAAUCUGCGCGCUUUCUCGCGCUAUACAAUGUGGCGUAUCUGCUUAUUUUAUUGCCUAACGCGCUGUGUUUCCCCACUGUGCCGUGAGUGCGAGUGCUUUGAGUUGUGAAAGACUUCUGAACACAGUGUUAUAGCGGGCUUAUCGACUGACAUAAGAAGCCCCCGAGUCCAUAGACGUUCAAACUGUACGCCAAGUAUCAAUUUUCAUCUAUCGAUCGCUACCUCUCUACACAUUUCUUCCUCCUGCCUGAGCAGAAGGGUAGGCCCUAUAUCUAUGCACAGGACUCUUUUUCUUUCAUUUCCUCCUCUUCCUCCUGCCAACAUGUGCUGCUGCCCUACUCACACUCAUACUCAUAGGCUACGCGCACACACACACACACUCUCUCUCACACACACACACACACAGCGAAACAUAUACAGUACUCGAAUAAGAGCUGCUCGUUUCAGAGGCACACAGAUAUUUAGCAAACUGAGGAUUACAAGCCAAGCGUGAGAUUGAAAAGAUCAGUUCAGCUGGGGUCACAUUUUGUUACUGUACAUAAAUAUUGACCCAGCUUUUAAUGCCAUGUGUCUCCCACUGCCUUUAGGGGAGGGACCUCUGUGCUGACUAAUGUUGCCUCGGUGGAUCAUGUGUGGGUCCAUAACACUAGAGACAUCCCCAUUUUAUUCAAGCAGGCAUCGAGACAGGCAUGAAUCACUGGUAAAAUUUGGAACGUGUUUUAAUUAUUUAACUAUGUAAGCUUGUUACAUAUUAUGUAGGUCAUGGAAAUGACUGUGCAACUAUUCAGCCAAAGAGUAGGUGUUUGGACCGGGGACAGCGUCUCCAAGUGUGGUGUACAGUUCAGCCUAAAGUAGACAUUUCAGCACUCAAAUAGUUCAUUUUUCUGCAUGUGUGAAGACCGGCUAAACAAAGGUAAAUGAGCUCUCGCUGUGCGGAUCCGGCAGAUUGGGUUCAGCUUGGCCCGGUGGGUUCAGUGUGUGGAGUUUUUCACUCCAGCAGUACGCUUACACUUGGGGAAUGUCAAUUCCCUUUGUGGAUCCCUGGGAACGGUCUUCCAUCUCCCUUCUCGGAACUGCUCUAAUGAGGCCAGGCAUAUUGCCUUUCAUCCCUCACUCCCUGCAAUUAGGCACAGCUCACAGUUUUCGUUAUGGCCACAGCGGAGUGUUUGUAUACACAGACACAAUGCAGUGGGCCAAGGCUGCCCACUCCCCUCUGCAGCAUCCCUGCACAAGCCACCCCUUAUGUACCUGGAAAACUGCUCUUUUCAGGAUUUACUGUUCUAUUUUCCAGAAGCAGUCACUGUAGAUGUUGUGUUUUUGUGCGCCUUCCCCAGCUCAAAACGAACCCACCGCCAGAAAAUACAGAGGAAGGUCAUAUGGUCAUGAUUUGUAGAUGUAACUGGCAUGGAGUGUAUAACAUUCCUUGAGUUCAGAGAAGAAAAUCAACUAUCUAAUGCCAACCAGAUCUAUUUUCUGGCAGAUUUUUACACAAAUAAGCUUUCAUGAGUGGAGUACCUCCUUAUCCUCAGAAUAAGCCCCAAACCACAAGACAGGAUCCUAUUUUCCAGAAGGAAAGAUGGUGUCUUAUACAGGUUUACUUUUGUUUUAAUCUUCUAUCCUUUUUGGUAUUGCUUUUGUCAUCGGACCAAUGCGGCAUCCUAGCCCAGACUGCGAAAGAAGCCUCACUGAAACAGCAUGUUUGCACAGUUCCAACCAAAAGAAAUGGAAUGGUGGGGGGAAAAAAACCUCUGGGCUGGUGGGGAAAGAGCCCCUGCCACUUUCUCUGUCCCAUACAAGAAAGGUUUGGUCAGCAGGAGCUGGCAUUUGCCAGGCUUUGGCACUUAGAGGAGGCUGUGAUGUCAGCCAUUUUAGGAUGGACAGUACAAUGUGUGGUACGCCGCCAUCUUUCUUCCUUUUUUUUCUUAAGUUGCCAAAUGAAUGCCUUUAGUCUUGGCAACAGAACUGAAGAAGUUGUACAUCAAAAGUGAUGUAAAAAGAGGUAUGACUCAGAAUUUUUUUUUUCCUCCACAACCAUGGUUUAUUUGUCUGUCAUUCUUCUGGUCUAAGCAUACAAGGGUUUCAGGGAACAAUGUAAGAUUUCAGCCGUGAGCACUCACACUAACACAAAACAGAAGAGUGCAACAAAGAUGCUCACACAGGCUGAGUGCAGAAGGUAUGUAGUGUACAGCCACACACACACACACACACACACACACACACACUGCACUGAUUUAGCAAGACAAAAACACUGACAGAGGGUCAUUUACAGUUGGUUCAGCUCUACAUUUCUUUCAUCACCAUCAGCCGUAAACAUACACACCAGGGGAACAGACAUUUCUUAAUUGUCACGCCCUGACUUAAAAAGAAGAGACAGUGUUGUUGUAGACCUCACCCAAAGUUGACUAAAAGAGACUUAAACCAUGAAUCGACUUUUCAAAGAUGGUGGCAGGGCAUGUGGAUUAAGUUUGUCCUGCUCCGGAUGCAGUCUGGGGAAUUGUGGAAUUGUGUGUGUGUGUGUGUGUGUGUGUGUGUGUGUGUGUGUGUGUGUGUGUGUGUGUGUGUGUGUGUGUGUGUGUGUGUGUGUGUCUUGAGGUUGGUGGGUGUGGGCAAGUGACUCUGCUGUGUGUGUGGCGUGGUGGGCAAAGGGAAGAGAGGGGUUGCCAUGGCAAUGUUAACACAUGAGUGGCACCACCGACCGGUCUCCCAGUGGACGAGGCUGCAGUCAUGGAGGUAAGGGGGGGAGUGGAUAAGUGUGUGUGUGUGUGCGUAUGAGUGUGUGUGUGUGUGUAAGGAGGAGGAGGAGGUGGAUGAGAUGGCUGACAACACCUGCAUCUCACACAUCCAGACACUAAUAGACACACGAAAUCUCGCCCAUGUAAAAAAGAGGGGGAAAAAAAUCAUGUCUUUGGCUGGUCGGGUGCUGGAGACUGCGUGGACUGACGUGUUGUACUGUAUUAGCACUGUGCUAAAGACCCUGAAGACUCUGAAUUGUUUUUCAGUACACGUAACGCUGGAGCCCAACACUUAUUCAUGCUGGCAGGCGUACAGUGCCAUUCAUGCACAAAGAUGUCCCCAAACUGAAACCUGUCCACGCUUACUGUCAAUAAAAGCCUCACACUGGUAGCCUGAUGGACAGUGGAGACUCGCAGACGAGCGGGAAACAGAACAAUCCCAAUCUGACAGUCAGACGUCUAAAAGCUCCAAGCGCUGGAUCACGUUUCCCCUGUAAAUGAGGCACCAUUGUUCCCAAUCCCUCCACUGUGCAAGACAGUAAUUGCUCUCGGCCUCUGGCUUAUAUUUGAGUGUCCAGCUGAUCCACUCACAUGACGUUAAUCUAUUUAAUGGACAUUUUGCAGAAAAUGUUCCCACUAAACAGAUUUUUUGAUCGUUCAAACGUGUCUGUCAGGAGUCCCCCCCUCUCUGCCCCAAACCCCACAAGACAGCAGGUCAUUUUUUGGCUGAUUUAUGAAGCAAACUCCCAAGACAGUUUUGGAUCCCUUUCAAAGCAAAUUACACGCAAAACAAAUAUUGUCAUAAGAGAGAGAAUUUUAUGCAAAUUUUUUGAGCUCCUCCGCGACUGUCGCAUCAAGAGACUCCUUGCCAGUUACUCUGUUCAAAGAGAAAGAUUCUCAGAACAGUACAGGUGCUAAAUGUUGGGAAGUGAGGAAGGAGUGUUUGUGUGCGAACGCGCACGUGUGUGUGUAUGUGUACGUGAGCACAAGUUUGGAGGAUGUGUGGAGAUGUGUGCCUACGAGGUGUCAGCAGGGAGGAGUAUUGAAACAGCAGAGCCUGUCAUCACCAUCAGUCAUCCUCUCACUUCACUCCCAAAUGUCUGAGUUUUGUCUUCCUUUGUCCUUCUUCCUCCUCCAGCCUUCACUUUCUCAUUCAUCUGACAGGCAGCGCUGAAAAAAAUGCAGAUCUCUAUUUGUUAAUGUCAACUGUAGGUGACCCAACAAUCUGGGAGAGUCUGAAGCCGUGGACUGUUUUGAAUUAAAUUUUAAUGUUUAGCAACCACUUUGCAGCCUCGCCUCUCUUUCCACUGGUAGCAGCCUGCUGUAGAUUGGGCAUGUUUUUUUUUUUGUUGUAAUAUUGUAAUUACUGCAGCAGUUUAUGAGGUGAUGAAAGAGAAUACAUGCAGCUUUCUUUCAGACGGUCAGCUGAAAUGGAAGCAGCACACUCAGCUGUUUUCUGUUUAAAAGUAUGGGGGUGAUAAUUAAAUAUUAAUGAGAUGUAAAUAUUAUAUUGUUAUGGAAAUUACAGUGUAAGGGCACAUUAGGGAGGCUCUCCUGUAAAUCUUAAAGCUGCUAUUAAAUCAGCCGGAACGUAUAAACCCCAUCAGAAUUUAAACCUAGAAUAAUCCCAUUUGUUUUGAAACGCUUGUUGUAAGAAAGUUGAAUGGUUCAAAUGCGGUUUUAGUUCAGCGAACAAGGCCCCUCUUCCUUUGCUGCGCUUGGGUGUUCAGAAAGCUUGUCGUAGAGCUCUGCCACUUUCCCCCCACUUUAGAUGAGAUACAAGUCCCCCAGUCAAAAGAGAUGAAAACUGUUUCUUCUCCCUGCUACAUGGAGUCAGUGCCAGUGCAAGGACAUACGACACACCGGGGACAGUGACCGUCUGAGAGUCGUCUACCUCGCAGCUGAAAUAUAAGGCCUAGCUUUUCAGAGGGAACUAUUCAAUGGCUCCCUGUCUGGGGAGUCCUUGUCAUGUGUCGGAUCGCACGUCUCACUCGCCAGAUAAAGCAGCCCAUUCUUUUGAUAGGUGACCUGAUUCUUUAUGUAACCUUUCCAAACUUUUGGCUUGUCCUGGGUUUUCUCUUGUCGGAAGUACAGUGUUCUUCCUGGGAGGGUAGCCUGUGUACUAGGUCAGCGUCUGUCUCAUCGCAGACCCUCUUCCUCUCAGUCACAGCCCGACACCGUGACCAGGUUACCUUCUCCACCUCUUUCUUUUCACAACCAUGCACUCAAAUUGUGGGCUUUUGUGGGCACAAACAAACAAUCAUCACAUCAGAGGUAACCAUAUUUUUCACAAAGUUAUGCAUUUUUAUGACGUGUGUUACACAGAUGUUUCAGAUGAAUAUGACUGCAUUCCUCUGCUGCGCGAAGCUGACUUCUAAAUCCCUUGUUCAGUGGAACAAACGCCAUGAACGCGUGUCCUCACCAGGGGUUAAUCGAGUGUGCUGUCAGAGGAUGCCAUGACCUCUCUGGCGGCAAAACAUACAGCACAUGCCCACGUCUGGAUGCAGUGAACCAGGAUUACUGCAUAAGAUGCUGGUGACCUACUUUUUUUUUUGUUUUUUGUUUGUUUUGUUUGUGUUUUUUUUUUUUCUUUCCAAAAGCAGCAAAAAUCAGUUGGACUGAAAAAAAGAGGUAGUCACAUGGAGGACAUCACAGUCUGUCCGGGAUCAGUGUGUACUUUCGGGCAGUCAUUUGAGGGUUUUAAUUCUGGAACAGGUUCAUCUUUUAUUUACCAUCCAGCCGACUGUGUUGAACAUGCACGUGGAUGUGGUAAAAGUCUGUAGAAGUGCUUUCACUGUGUGCAAAUGCAGUGGACAAAGAAAAAUAUGCUUAAAGUAUGAAAAACUGUUUCCUAUGUAACGUAGAAAUACAGAACAAGAUAUUGGGGCUUGUUGAAUUCCAGCAGAAACCAGGUUUGAGGUGGUAUGGUGGUGAAAUUUGUCAUUUUAGUGCUUUUUUUCUGGAAUAUUCAGCCUGCAAAAAAAAGUGGUCUGUGCAAUAUAGAAAGAUGUUGAUCCAAUGAGAGCGGUUUUUAACAUCACAUCACAUACAAACAUUUCUCUAUCUGUAGAAAGAGUGUGAGGGUGACUUGUUGACACCUUGUGUGUCAAACGUUUGUGCAGAGGGCAAAGGCUAUUUCUCUACUUUUAUAAAAGUGUUCUUGUCAUUGCUUUCCCAUGUUUAGGACUUACGUGAGAAUGACUAUAAGAACCAGCUGUUACUCUAAUGAAAUACUGGCUGUAGUGUAUCUAUUGUUUUGUCCUAAAUCUUUGUUAAAAUAUUUGUGGUUUUGAGAGCAAACGUUUCAUAAUACAGAGAGGAACGAGGAGAAAUGUUGCAGACUGCAGAGACAACCAUUAUGGUGUGUGUUACAAGGAAAGAUUGUCUGUAGAUGUGGUUUGCAAAGGAUUUAUACACUCAGUGGUCUGUGGAUUGUAUUUGGAUACAUGAAUGGGUUGCCGUUGCUGUUUGUUGAACAGAUGCGAGUUUUAAUGGUUUGAGCCUUUGGCUUUUAAAUGCCUUUAUAUGUGUCAGUAGUAACCUUCUCAGAUCUUGUAAGAAUGUUUCAGGUCUGUAACAGAGCUAUUGUUGGCUGACUGCUUUGAUACACACACACACACACACACACACACACACACACACACACACACACACACACACACACACACACACACACACACACACACACACUGUUCACCUGAUUUCCCCUUUGGACUCUACAUCUUUUUGGAAAGGCUCACUGAAGCUCCAAAUUUAAAACAUAUGGCUCUCAUCCAAGAAUGGUAGUCAAAUACUCAACCCCAGGCCUGGAAAGUCAUUUAACUUUCAUAUGUCUGCUUUAAACAGACAUCAAAACAAAGAAAAUCCAAGUAGAGAGACCAAGAACGUUAUACAUUUUAAACAUCUGAUAUAGAGGACUGUCUCUAACCCCAAUUGUCAUUCACGUUGUCAAAAAGAAUAUAAAUUAAAUAAUUUCUAGACAACUUUAUUUUUUUCCCCAGACAAACACAAACCUGUGUGCAUAAUUUUGCAUAAAUGUGUGCGCAAACAAUGUGCAACAGCUGUUAAGGUUAGAAAAAAGUAGCCCUUUCAAUUUAGAGUGAAGUGAGGUGCAUCCCACUCAGUAAAUGCGAAAAUCCCUAAAGGUACUUUGUGGACAAUAUCUAUCUACUGAGAUUAACCCUUUCCUGUAAGGGGCAAGUCGUAUCUGACCAUGCUUGCUCUGGUUCAAAAAUACUAUCUCACACUUUUACAGCUGUAGCAGAAACACUCAUCUUUGCACCAGUCCGCCUCUUUUAUUAUAAGUUUAGGGAUGUCAGAACAAAAAAUUGUGGACAGACGCUGUCAAAACUGAAAAGAACCACACCUGUGGCAACAGUGAGGAAAAACAACCAAAUAUCUCUGAGAUAAGAUUGUCUUCCUGGCUCUGUCAACCUUCAUGUUCUUUUUUCUGAAUUCAUAAUAAGUGACAGCUAGACAGAAGUCUGUAAAUCUAAGUAAAUAAUCACAACACACACACACAGGCUGCAUUGAUUGAGAGACUGUGUGUCUCUGUGUGGGUGGGUGGUUCACUGUAUCUGUGGAAUAUUUCUUUUUAAAAGCUUUUUGCUGUAAAUAAUGAUAUACUUAAAGAUAACCAUUUUAACUUUAAAAUAUUAGUUUGUAAGUAAGCACCAGGAUGGGAUUUUAUGUUUUAAGUAGUCUCCUGAUAUCUUCAGAAGUAGUGCCUUUCUGUACAUUAAAUGAAUGUGUCAUUGAAUAUAAUAACUACUCAGCAGGAUGAUGGUGAAGAGGCUAAUUUGAAGGCUCUUUUUCCUCAGUGCUGUAAUUUCUGAUGAAACCACCUACACUUGUCACACAGUAUUUCCACCUACACUUACUACUAUGCAUAAAGCUGUUAGCUCUCCCUGAAUUCUGCUUACUUUUAAAUGUGAUGUUUAAUUAUUUGAUCAGCUUCUUAUUUCUCACAAAUUCUUGACAAAAAAGUACUGUAUAUUUGCACCAUAUUAUCUGUUGUUUUAACCAUUUUCAUGAGCCAUGCUGCAUGCUCCUUUUCUCUCGUGUAGAUAUCAAAUUAAAAAUGGCCUGAAAGAGUCACAUGUCUCUUUGUUGUACUCUUUUCCAACAGAAUCCUUGGUGCUGCCAAGCUUGUCCAUGUGACUGGAGUCAUUAACUUGCAGAGGGCAUGAAGCAACACUGUGAUAUCAUAGUGGCUGGUCCAUGACUUCAUUCAACCCUCUCCACUCUCCACUUGCCCUCUGUUUUCAUCAUACCGGAAAAGCAACCACUCACUUUCCCUUCUACAUAAAGCUGCACAAUGGCUAGCAAGAGGAAAUCCACCGUACCCUGCAUGAUACCAUCCAAAUCCAAACAUGUGCGUGAGGAAAUCAUAUUGGGAUCGCUCCCAGAACUCCUACCAACAAUCCCAGAAGAUAGCAUACUCAGCAUCUCUGGAGAGGACUCUGGCCAUUUCUCUCACAGCUCCUCCAAAUCAGAAGGUGGCAACGAGACGCAGAAAGGAGGUACAUACAGCUGUCCAAAGUGCCGUUUUGUGUCCAGAGAUCUAAACUACUUUUUGGAUCACAUGCACAAUUACCACUUAGACUUCAGGGCCCAGCCCACCUUCUACUGCCUGAACUGUGGGGAGUCAGUUGUUCGCUUUGAGGCUUUGGCUCUGCAUAAUGCUAAUGCCCACCCUAAGAUAAUGGAGGGCUUGGUCACUGCCUCCCUAACUGUCAACCAGAGGGAUGGAGUAACAACUGUGGAGCAAAGCCUCUUCACGGACAAUGGAGAAGAGUACAAAGAAUCUGGGAUCUCCCUCACCAAAACACCAAUUGCAAAGAUGAUGAAAGCCAAGGGGGAGCACAAAAAGAUUGUGGUUUCUCACACUGUUGAGGUACGAAAGAUAGACACUGGAAAGGAUGUAGACUCCAGCAUGCUGACAAAUGUGCCUGAACUCCAAAACGGGGCUCCCAGUGUUUCUGGUGCCCCAGCUAUGCCGCGGACCACUGUCACUCAUGUGAUUACAAAGACAGUGUCCAACCAAGUCUUUCACCAGCACACUCCCUCCCUUUAUUCUCCCUCCUCCACCGGUUCUAAUAAAGACCUUCCAAAGGUGAUGAUCCCUCUUAGCAGCAUCCCUACUUAUGAUGCUGCUAUGGACACCAGCAGCUUUCUCAAAACAUCCUUUGGAAAGUUCCCCUACCCGACCAAAGCUGAACUUUGCUACCUAACAGUGGUCUCAGAGUUCCCAGAGGAGCAGAUCAAACUGUGGUUUACUGCUCAAAGGCUGAAGCAGGGCAUAAGCUGGUCACCUGAAGAGAUCGAAGAGGCCAGGAGGAAGAUGUUCAACACUGUGUUCCAAGGCGGAGCACCUCAAAAGCAACCUCCUACUCAACGACACAUGAAUCACAUAGUAACCCACCACACUGUCACUGCCCAUCCAGGCUCAAAAGGACCAAACUUUCAGAUGGCCAAAGUACCAUACAGCAGUAUAACAACCAGGCCCCUUGGAGUCAUAACCACCCAGGCAAGCUUGUCAACCAACCCCAAUGUCACAAGGGUCUCGUAUUCUACUCCAAUUGUCCCCCCAAAGUUUCCAUCGGCAAUCAGAACAACAAAGGUACUGACCAAGAAUAUUCAGCCCACUGUUGAGCCAGACAAGAGCAAUGGCCUCAGCCUGGACAUGGCCGGAAGCAGCGUUUGUGUCAGUAGCACCAGCAGCAGUCGAAGCAGCAGUAGCAGCAGUAGUUGCAGUAGCAGCAGCAGCAUCAGCAGCUAUUCCAGCAGUAGUAACGGUGGUGAAACCAUCACCAGGAAACCAGUUCAAAGCAGCAGCCCAACCAACAGCAUCAACAGCAUUACCACUUGCUCUGCAAACAUUAGCAAUAAUGAUGAGCACUGUGUUGCUGACACCAAUGGGAAACCAAAUGUCAAAAACCACAGUUCACCACUGGGAUCGGAAAGUUCAAACAGUACCAAGAGUCAAGUGAUCAUUGAUUACACCAGCAAAUUCGACAUCGCCUGCAACAGUCAUAGCAGCAGCAUAACCAGUCCACAAGAGCAGACCCUCACCACAAAAGGUGGCGAUGAACACAACAACUACAUACACAAGACCAACAACAGCAGUAUUAGCAUCGAGUACCCCAGUACUACCUGUAAUGACAGUGUCCCUUACCUGAACCAUGCCAGCAAAUCCCCAACCGAAAGCACCAGCACUACUGUCAUUACAAAGAGUGGUUCAUCCAGCGUAGAUGAGGGUAAAGGCAACAAGGACUUUCCCAUUAAAGGUAUGUCAAUCUUACAACAACUCAUUAAGGAGGAGGACCCACUCAGAAGAGACAGAAGCUGCCCAGAGUUGAAAGUUGACCCCAUCAAGAUCAGUUUCAAGAGGCUAAAGAUGAAUGAACAAGAGACGACAUCUGAGAUUGUACAUCAAGAACAGAAGGCUGAGAUGGCUGAGGUGUCUGCUUCUCAACCAGCUUUCUCAACCCCAUGGGGAAAUAAGACUCCCCAGCAGCUGCACGUCCUCCGUCAAGUUUUCUCCAACACACGCUGGCCAAGCAGUCAGCAGUAUGAAGAUCUGAGCGUCCAGACAGGCCUCCCUAAGUCAGAAGUUGUGCGCUGGUUCAGUGACAGCCGGUACAGCCACAAGAAUGGGCAACUGAAGUGGCUGGAGAGCUAUCAACGGCCACCCGCAGAUUCAGAGGAAGUGAGGGGCCACGGGGACACUGAAGCUGAGUCUCCCAAGGAUUCUCCAGUGGCAAAAAAGAAACUUGUUGAGAAAGACAUGAACAGGCACCUUGAAGGAGAAGCAGGACUUAACUCAGGCCAGCGGGUUGUGUGGCAGGAUUCAUACUCACCGCUGCCUGGUCUGAUGGGGUCUGAGGGAAAUGGAGACCAGGGCCAUUCUGAGGAGCCAGUCCAGCCAGAAGUUCUGCAGGAUCCAUGGUCAGAGAGAGCAGAGGACCACCAGCAGCCAGUGGCCAGUCAGUCACUCAUUGAACAACAGGCUGAAGCAAAUCAGGCAAGGUACUAAGGUCAUGAUGCUUGAAUUUACAAAGUAUAACAAAAGUACCUGAGGUAAAAUGAGCUUUUCAUUGCCUGUGCCUCGUGAUGUUUUACAAGCUCGGGGCUAGUUAUCAAUCAAGACAACCAAAACAUUGUAAGACAGGCAGGCUGAUAAAAGCAUGACAGCUUGUUGUUUGUUGUCGCUGUUGUGUGAUGUACAGUAAAAAGGAGGCGAGGAAAGUGUGUACAGGUACUUGCGCUGCGUAGCUUAUUCCUGCAAUCAAAGGUCUGUGUUUCAAAAGCUAUUUUUAGAUAAGUAAGAGUCUGGGCCGUUGAAUUAUAGAUUUAGAGCACAUGCUAAUAUAUGUGAAUAAAUCAUGACAAUUGUUUUUGGUGAGAGGGAAUCAGGAGGGGCAUGUUAAUGCUUACAUAGACCUCUUCUUGCUUUGCCCUCUUAUAAAAAGGUACCUCAGUUGUGCAGCUGUAUUACAAUUCAACAGAACUGCCCAGUCACUUAAUAUGUGAAUAUUGUGUUUAUGUGUGUGUGUGUAUGUGUGUUACUGAUAGGGAUGGCUUAAGGAUGGAGCUGCUGGAGGUGUGAGCGAGCAGGCCCAACCUCGCCAGAGGAACACAACGUUUUUCUCCGUGGUCUAAAAAGAGUGUUCAUAAUGACAGCAGAUGUGAUUGUAGCUGGACCGUUGGACUCUGACUGUAACUGUGAAUACCCCCCACCCCUCCUUCUUCUCUGCGUCCUCCUCCUCUUCCAUCUGCCAUCACUUCCUGCCAUCGUCAAAAGAAAGAACUUCUCACCUUUGAGUCCUGUGAUGUUUAAGCCUUUCAUGCUUCUUUGUGGUUGUGUGGGGAGGGUGCACAAUGAGGUCAGUAAGAGGGAUCAAAGAAAAGAAAGAGAAAAAGACGCACACUGACUGGAAAACUGACUUGAAUGAGCUAGAUAGGAUGAGGCCGAGAGAUAUUGUUUUUGGGUUGGAUGGAGAAAUAUAAAUAUAAGAUUGAAACUGCACUAUAAAGGAGGGUUUGUACUGACUGGACAUACAAAAGAUGUGUCAUGGAAAUGUUAUUGUUGGCUUUGUGAUAUUUUUUACUUUUUUAGCAACCAGUACUUCAGCACUGCCUUGAAUUUUACUUUUUCCGUUUAUGGUUUUUCAAUUCUAUUUACUCUUCUAUAGUCACUGUAAGUCCAGAUGCAAUCAAACAUGGUUUAUUUAGAUCUGUAUUAAUGUUGGUGAUCACUUUGCAGUUCAGCUACACGCAAGAGACUAUAUACAAUGCACUAAUGAAGACAGCAAUGCUAAAAAUCACACUGCCCCACAGCAAAGGUAUUGACAGCUCUGUUAAGAUCAAUACACUACACUGCCCUGCAAACUGAACAGAGACAAGCCUGUCACGCUAACGUUGCCUUACUCAGCUCUGUCCAUGUGUUUAUAUGACCUAUCUGUCCAUCACCUUGCUUUUCAGCUACUGUGCUGUCCUAAAAAAAAAGCAUUAAAACAUGCCAGUGCAUCAAUGGUCACUGUUUGUCAAUAUCUGUGAAAAAAAUCUUGUGCUGCUUUCUGUACACUUGGAGAUGUUUAACUUUAAGCUGUAAUUGUAUCAACUAUUGUUACUGGCAAAAUGUUGUUUCAAUCAAAAUUAUCAAUUUGAUCCCUAGACACUGACAGAGUGAGAUAUUGUGCUAGCUAGAGAGCCAAAUGAGGAGAUCUUUGCUCUCCUCUGAAUUUUGUUGUGUUUAUAUGAACAUACAGUCACUACAUGAAUCCUAUUAAGCUGCAUCUUUGUCAAGCUGCUAAUAGCUACGAACGGUGCUAUACCAUCCAAAGUGAAAUUGGAGGUUGAUCUCCUACCAGCAGUGUAUGCACUUGUGUCGAAUGUUACAAAUUUAUUUUGGUUUGCGAUAAAUGGAAUCUGGACUUGCGGUGUUAUGAUCACUUAAAAAACUUUUAUGAAAUAUUCUGAUCAUAAAGCACUGUUGUAUCAUCCUUUCUACACUUCUGAAUCUUUACAGAAUAAACUGAAUACACACCAAGCAGAGGAGUCUCAGUUUCUGCCACGCACCUUACACCAGGAGUAAAUACAAACUGUGUCAUGGAUACCAGUUAAUUUAUUCAGUGAGAAAUUUCAACGUGUCCUGCAGCACACUUGGAUUGAAAAGUGUAUACAGCCCCAUCUGCUGGUCAAC